UCACAUUCAUUUUGUAUAUAAAAUGCAUAAGGCCUGUCUAACCUUCAUCCCGAUUGUACGAACAACACUAGAAUGAAGCUGCCUCUAUUACUCGCAAUAGUUACAACCUUUUCCGUGGUUGCCUCAACGGGACCAUUUGAUCCGGAGGAGAUGCUGUUCACCUUUACGCGCUGCAUGGAAGACAAUUUGGAAGAUGGACCGAAUCGACUUCCAAUGUUAGCGAAAUGGAAAGAAUGGAUUAACGAACCGGUAGACAGCCCCGCAACUCAGUGUUUCGGCAAAUGCGUCCUGGUAAGAACAGGUCUGUACGAUCCGGUAGCCCAAAAGUUCGAUGCCUCGGUGAUCCAGGAGCAAUUUAAGGCUUAUCCGUCCUUGGGGGAAAAGAGCAAAGUUGAAGCAUAUGCUAACGCAGUUCAACAGUUGCCUUCCACAAAUAACGACUGUGCCGCUGUUUUCAAAGCGUACGAUCCUGUUCAUAAGGCGCAUAAGGACACCAGCAAGAACUUGUUCCAUGGAAACAAGGAGUUGACCAAGGGCCUCUAUGAGAAGUUGGGAAAAGACAUUCGCCAGAAGAAGCAAUCCUACUUCGAGUUUUGUGAGAACAAGUACUACCCAGCUGGAUCAGAUAAGCGCCAGCAACUUUGUAAGAUAAGGCAAUACACUGUCUUAGAUGAUGCGCUGUUCAAGGAGCACACUGAUUGCGUGAUGAAGGGUAUUCGCUACAUAACGAAGAAUAAUGAACUGGAUGCUGAAGAGGUGAAGCGAGAUUUUAUGCAAGUGAAUAAAGACACGAAGGCACUUGAAAAGGUUUUGAAUGACUGCAAGUCUAAAGAACCAAGCAACGCAGGAGAGAAAUCAUGGCACUAUUACAAAUGUUUGGUCGAGUCUUCGGUUAAGGAUGAUUUCAAGGAGGCUUUUGACUAUCGUGAGGUACGGUCACAGAUUUAUGCCUUCAAUUUGCCUAAGAAGCAAGUUUACAGCAAACCGGCCGUACAGUCCCAAGUUAUGGAAAUCGAUGGUAAGCAGUGCCCACAAUAGAAUAGUGUAUUGAAAAUGUCUUCCAAUUUAAUGGUCUCAUCGAAGUAGAAAAUUAAAUAAAGAAAUAAUGAUAAUUAUGCAGAGGAAAUUGGUUUUAACUUAUAUUGUUUAUUUGGUAAGUGUUGUAGUUAACUUUAAAUUAUUUUAAUUUGGGAAGCCGAAAACCCGUUAAUAGGAAAAAUUAAAGUUAUUUUUGAAUUGAA